AUGGCGAUCGGUUACCGGAAGCGAUACAGUGUUGGUGGUGGUGACCCGCACGCUGGUCGGAAGCGAAUCCGCAGCAGCGACUGCUACGACUGA